GCCUCCUCGUUGAAAGGACGCAGGGGUGGGGAACAAGUCGUCCAAUAAAGCAUGUUACACUGCAGACAUGACUUGUGCGCCAGACAGCGAGAAAAUUGUGAUAAACUGUGGAGGGUUGCGACACGAGACCUAUCGGAGCACCCUCAAAACUCUCCCUGGUACCCGCUUAUCAUGGCUCACCGAACCGGACGCAUUUAGCAACUUCGACUACGACCCCAAAUCCGACGAGUUCUUCUUUGAUCGCCACCCUGCCACCUUUGCGUUCAUACUCAACUAUUACCGCACAGGAAAGCUGCACUGUCCCAACAAUGUGUGCGGUCCGCUCUUCGAAGAGGAGCUCGCCUUCUGGGGCAUUGACGAGACGGACGUGGAAGCAUGCUGCUGGAUGAACUACCGGCAACACAGGGACGCCGAAGAAGCAUUGGACAGCUUUGAAACCCCCGAACCGGAGCUUCCGGAUGACGAUCCAGCUUUGACCGGAGGCGACGGGGACCUGAAGCGGCUAUGCCUGCAAGAGGACGGCCGCAAGGCCAGUUGGUGGGCUGUCUGGCAGCCCUUUAUGUGGGCACUUUUUGAGGAUCCCUAUUCAUCCAAACAAGCCCGGUACGUAGCACUGGCCUCGCUCCUCUUCAUCCUGAUCUCCAUCUCCACCUUCUGCCUGGAGACGCACGAGGCCUUCAACACCAUCUACAACAAGACGGAGAACGUGACAGUGGGCAACGUGACGAGCGAGGAGAUCGUCUACGAGGUGGUGACGGACGGCUGGCUGACCUACGUGGAGGGCAUGUGCGUCAUCUGGUUCACCAUCGAGGUGUUCUUCCGCGUGAUCUUCUGCCCGGACAAAGGGGAGUUCUUCCGGACCACCCUCAACAUCAUCGACUUCAUCGCCAUCAUGCCCUUCUACCUGGAGGUGGCGCUCAGCGGCCUCUCCUCCAAAGCAGCCAAAGACGUGCUGGGCUUCCUGCGCGUGGUCCGCUUCGUGCGGAUCCUGCGUAUCUUCAAGCUGACCCGCCACUUCGUGGGGCUCCGCGUGCUGGGCCACACCCUGCGCGCCAGCACCAACGAGUUCCUCCUCCUCAUCAUCUUCCUCGCCCUGGGCGUGCUCAUCUUCGCCACCAUGAUCUACUACGCCGAGCGCAUCGGGGCCGACCCCGCCGACCCCACGGCCGCCGCCCACACCACCUUUAAGAACAUCCCCAUCGGCUUCUGGUGGGCGGUGGUCACCAUGACUACGCUGGGUUACGGGGACAUGUACCCGGAAACGUGGUCGGGCAUGCUGGUGGGCGCGCUGUGCGCCCUGGCGGGCGUGCUGACCAUCGCCAUGCCCGUGCCCGUCAUCGUCAACAACUUCGGCAUGUACUACUCCCUGGCCAUGGCCAAGCAGAAGCUGCCCAAGAAGAGGAACAAACACAUCCCCCGCGCGCCCCAGCCAGGCUCGCCCAACUACUGCAAGCCCGACGCCCUCGCCAUGGCGACAGCCUCGCCGCACAGGCUCAUGGGUAACGUGCUGGGUCCGGGCAUGGUGGGCUCGGGCAGUAUGGGAGGAGGAGACUGCCCCCUGGCGCAGGAGGAGAUCAUCGAGAUCAACAGGACAGACUCCAAGCAGAAUGGAGAUGCGGCCAAUGCCGCGCUGGCCAAUGAGGACUGUCCUAACAUAGACCAGGUGUUAGGGGAUGAGAGGAGCCCUGCGACAGGAGGUCUGGGCUCGGGGAGCGGCCGCGAGCGCUACCCUCACGACCGUGCAUGCUUCCUGCUGAGCACCGGCGAGUUCCAACGCGCCACAGACGGGAACGUCAGGAAAGGUGCAGCUGCCGGCCCAGCAUCCCCCCCAGGAGAGGAAUGGUUCAAGCCGGACCUCAAUGCAAACUCUGCCUCCUCCUGGAUCAAACCAUAGGGACACAGAGUGUUGAGUUUCUAAAAUCCCCCUUUCUCUCCAAGAAGAGGAAAUCUUAGGACACAAUUCAUCCAGCAAUCCCUACUGGAUUUACUCGAGAACAAAAGGAGACAGAGAAAUAUAUUAAGAGAGAAAAAUAGAGAGAGCGGUUGGAAAGAUCACCAAUGAACUGGAAGAAAAGAGCCAUCACACCUGAAGCAUAUGUUCCAGUGGACUCAAAGACAUCAAUGACUAAGCAUGCCUUCUGUGACACAAACUUCAAUGACAAGUCAUAUCAUCCCUCCUCCAUGAACAAUCCCAAACCACACCCUGAAGAUUAGCCAAACAAACAUUAUUGUAAGAUUCUCCAGAUAGAAAGAAAAUAGCAGACAAAUUACUUGAAGCCCUUUACAACUUGGUUGUCAUGUGGGUGUCAUCAUUAAGGCUCCUUAGAUACUGUUUUUAUGAUCUCAAGUGUAUGGUAUACGACCAGACAAAACAUAAGACAACAAUACUAUUGAACCUAAUGUCACACAAAUACUAGUUUGUGUGUGAACCAGGGGGUAUUUAAGUUUCCCCCUCUGAAAACUCUAUGCAAAGCUAGGGCUUAUCCUCCCUGGUAGCCAUGGCUACUUCUGAACCAGGCUAGCUGGACAGCUGCUAUAGCCUGGAUAACCUAGCCUUCCACAAGGCUCUUUCUGCUGCGACAGUGCUCUCCCCCAAGCAUACAGCUACUGUAGGUGACAUAUCAGCCAUGCCAAUCUCACACACAGCUCACAGACUACUGACUUGCAAGCCCCUGUGGCUUGUGUUCAUGACUGACUUUUCAGCUUGCCACAAAAAAACAACCAAUGGACAACUCUAAAGACAACCUCUGGUUCCCUAGCUGCUCCAGGAGAAUGUGUGUGCUGGCAAAAGGAGAGAGGGACUACUACAGGAGAAGAAAACCUGUCCUCAGUACACCCAGGAAAAAAGGAAGAAUCAGGAAAACUGAAAUACAAUUGCUCUCUCUCUCUUUCUUUCUUUCCUCUCUUCUCCUCUGUAUCUCCUCCCAGCUGCAUCUCAGCAUUGCUACUCCUCUGUAGCAAACUGCAUGGCAUGAAUGAAAAAAAAAAAAAGAAA